AUGUCAUGCGCAGAAAGAGCUGAUAAAAACCCUGGACCCAGAGGUUUUGACAAUCCACGAUAUGUUCGAGUUCACGGCCAACCGCCGACCUUAGAGCCAUCUACCAAGAAGUUUGGCCCUUACCAAUGGCUGACAUACGAGACUGUGCAGAAGCGACGUGCCGUAUUAGGCGCUGGUUUGGUCGAGCUACACCAUAAGCAUGACUGCUUUCGCUCUGGCCAAUUUGGCGUUAGUCUCUGGUCCCUGAACCGCCCCGAGUGGCAGUUGACUGAUCUCGCCUGCAUGUCUCAGUCUCUUUACACCGUUUCCAUCUAUGAUGUUCUAGCCCCAGAUGCAGCAGAGUACAUUAUCAACCAUGCAGAACUGAACUAUGUAGUGGCUUCUCUCCCCCACCUCCCCACUCUCAUCAAACUCAAGCCACUUCUACCUAACCUAAAGAUAGUUGUCUACCUGGAUUCACUCGAUGUAGGUGAGAAGGCGGGUCACUCGAAGCGUGCUUUGUUCGAGUCUAUGGCGGCCGGUCAAGAAGUGGCUAUAUACACUAUCGAUAAAGUUGAGGCGCUGGGCGAAGCCUCCAGGAGCGGAUAUCAUGCUCCUUCUCCUUCUGUACAGGCCAGCACGCUUAUGAUUUAUCUUCCGGCAACUGUGGCUCUAUUGCUCCUUGCAUUGAGGCUUGUCUGCAGUCCAUCCCCGACAUGGACUAUUCGGUGGAUGACAAGCCAUACCCUCGGAGUGAGCUUCUCCUACGCGGCAAUAGUGUGUUCCGUGAGGCCAUACCAUAGUAAUAUCGAUCGUCGCAAGAAUGUGCUCAAGUUAGCCCAGGACGAGUACAUCUCUUCCGAGCGCUUAGAAAGUGUAAUUCUCUCUGAAAUCAGAUACCUCACUCAGGCAUACGUUCACGAAGACAGCAUGCAGACCUUCCUAGUCGCUCUCUUUGGUGUUCACUGUUCAGCCCGACCUGUACGCUCCAUUCGCCAGCAAGGUACUGGGACGUGUAAUUACCGCCACCGAUCUCGAAGCGAUGAACGAAUCGCUUUCUAA